AUUCACAACGCCUUUCACAUGUCACAGCCUGUGGAGCAAACACUUCAUAAGUCAGGUUGUGAGCGAUCAAAAUACAGUACGACCUGCAAGAUCAAGAAACAACGGACCGGAUCUGGAGCUUUUGGGGUCCAUUUUAAAAUCAGGCCUACCAACACCGAAAGGAUGUCCUUAUGUGGAAGCUUUCUGUCAGACGAGCAGUUCCUGUGCUCGAUCUGCCUCGAUUGGUUCAACAACCCUUCGUCCACACCAUGUGGCCACAGCUUCUGCAUGGCCUGCAUCAGCAAAUACUGGGACGGAUGUAAGGUUUUCAUGUGUCCACUGUGUAAGAAGACCUUCCAGAAGCGACCAGAGCUCGAGAUCAACAGGACACUGCGAGAGAUCACCGAUCAGUUCAGACCCAUGACAGGAGAGGGAGGAGUGCGGAUUGAGAAGAGAGGGGGAAGAGGAGGAAGAAACAGAGGCAUGCCAGUCAAUUUCAUUUAUGAAUUGAAGAAGAAGCUGCCUCAACAUCAGCUAAAAACAGCAUUGACGCUACCUGACGCUCAAGGUAAGACAGGUAAGCCCAUCCCGACGUCAGCAUCAACAGUCACAACCUCACUUGUUUCUUCGGUACCAAACUCCAGUCCGAUUGCUGCCCUGACAAACUCCUCCGGAUCUCCUCAGCCGCCUCCCACGUUCCCCCACUCCAGCGGCCGGAGAAGGUUCACCGUAACUGGGGCUGCAAGCAGCCGGAGCAUCCCUGUCUGUGAGAUCCACCGCAGAGGAAUAGUGAUUUACUGUAGGACUGAUCGAGCAUGUAUCUGCCCUGAAUGUGAGACCUUGGACCAUCAGGAUCAUGACACAGUGACUCUCGAAACCGAGUGGAUGGAAACCAAGAAGGACCAGCUGAGUGUAUCGGAGCAGGAGAUCCAGGAGAUGAUCAGACAGAGAAUCAGGAAGAUCGAGGAGAUCAGACUGUCAGUGACUGAACUGGAGUUGGUGGUGGAGCGAGAGACUGUGGGCAGCGUUUGCAUGUUGUCAGAGCUUGUGUCUGCCAUCCAGCGCUCCCAGACAGAGCUGAUGGAGGUGAUGGAGAUGAGCCGGAGGGCGGCCGAGCACCAGGCCGACUCCAUGAUACGACAGCUGGAGCUUGAGGUUGAAGAACUACGGCGGAGAGAAAGCGCCCUCGCCCAGCUCGCCCAAUCAGAUGACUACAUGCACUGUGUCAAGACGUUCCCCAACGUCUCCAGUCCUCCACCGACCAAAGACUGGUCUGAAGUGUCGGUGAACUCUGACCUGGGAACAGGGACCAUCUACAGGUCGCUGGCAGCUCUGGUGGAGAGGUUUCAGGAAGAGCUGAAGACGAUCGCAGAAACAGGUUUUCCUGCCUCAGUAACGGAACCCAGCCCGGUCCAAACACAGCCCAGGAUAAGGAGGAUACAGGAGUAUGCAGUGGAUGUGACUCUGGACGGCAACACCGCUCAUCCCAGACUGAUUUUGUCAGAGGACAUGAAGAGUGUGAGGUGUGGAGAUAAACACCAGAUGCUUGCAGACAAUCCGGAGAGGUUUAACAGAGUCGUCUGUGUCAUAGGGAGGGAGGCCAUCUCGUCUGGGAGACACUACUGGGAGGUGGAGGUGGGCGGGAAGACUGACUGGGAUCUGGGCGUGGCCAGACAAUCAAUCAACAGGAAGGGGAAGGUUGAAAUUACCCCAAGCAAGGGAUACUGGUUCCUCAGCCUGAGAGACAACAGCAGCAGCAGCAGCAGCAGGCAGUGGUUUUCAGCAAAUAAAAGCUCCAAAAGCCCACCGUAUGCCACCUGCUCAGCACCAAACAGCAGACAGAUAAAAAACAAGUACGCUUUUCGCACUGAACCCUCCACAGAUGUCCAUCUGAACCUCCGUCCAAACACGAUUGGGAUAUUUGUGGACUAUGAGAAAGGACAGGUGUCUUUCUAUAACGUUGAUGCAAAAAUGCACAUCUACACUUUCAAUGACACUUUCAGUGAGUGCAUCUUCCCGUUCUUCAGCCCCUGCACUAAUAAAUCUGGGAAGAACAACGGGCCACUAAUUAUCAAGCCAGUCAUCAUGACGGAGUGACAGGACGGCACCUGGAAGUUAUUUGUUCUUUUCUUUUUCUUGUCUUUAA